CUCCCACCUUCUCUUCUCAGUUCCCAAACUCUUCUUUCCCAAAUCUCCAAAGAAAAAAAAAAAAGAGAAAAAAAAAACCAAAAAAAAAUGGAGAAAAUUAGUAUCUCAAUUCUCAUGUUAAUCUCUUGUUUUGUUCUUGCAAUGAGGUUUGAAGGAGUUCAUGGAUACAAGAACUACACAGUUGGGGACUCUCAUGGAUGGUAUGAUAAUCUCAAGGACCCGAAAGUAAAUUAUCAGAAAUGGGCCGCUGGAAAAAAUUUCAGUCUUGGUGAUUAUCUCAUUUUCAACACAGACAAGAACCAUACGGUGGUGCAAACCUACAACUUAACAAUAUACAAACACUGCGAUUACAACAACGCAGACUCUGAUGACACCAUUGACUGGUCGGCCGGUGAGCCUGAGGUGAGCACGGAGGCGGUCACUAUGGCGGUGCCGCUUGUAAAGGAAGGAAUGAACUAUUUUUUCUCCGGUAACUAUGACGGCGAGCAAUGCAAGCAUGGCCAACACUUCAAGAUUAAUGUGACACAUGGUCAAGGUUUGCCGGAAAGUUUAAAGAAUCCGGUGCCGGAUUCUCCGGCCCCAAAUAGUGCUGAUAAUAGUGAUAAUGUUCCCGAUACUGUGAUACCGUCAAAUUUCGAUAAUCCGAUCAAUGGCGGCGAUGUGAAGGCAGCUUCUGGGGCUGCUGGCCGGAAUGUGAGAAUUGGGUUAGUUGUGUUUGUGUUUUUUUGGUAUUCUUGUUGUAAGUAUGUCUGGGUGAUCAGUUAGUGUGAUAUGUUAUUUAUUUAUUUUAUUUAUUUAUAUAUAUAUAUAUUUAUAUAGAGAUUAUUAAUAAUUAAUAAUGACAGUGGUAUGUUGUGUUGUAAUGAAGGAAUAGGUUUGGGGAUUUGAUUGUUUAAUAUCACAGUUAAUGGAUAGGUAUUAUAUUUGUGCUA